UCAGCAGUCCUCAGACCCGCUCAGUCCCGCUUUCCCAGUUGAUCGACAACUUCGCAACAAGUUGCUCUGCGGCUUCAACUCUCUCCAACUUAUUUUGGUUUCGAGUCCAUCCUGGACAUAAACUCUAACUCUUGCUAACCGAGUGAAGAAGGAUUGUUUUACCCUAACGCAGCCAAAAUGAGUGAACUCUGCAGCAGAUCGACUGAUUAAAGGGGUUAGAUCAGCUUUCUUCAGGGUAGCUGUGUUUGCACUGUGACCUGUGGGUCUGGACAGACAGAGCAAAGAGGUCACAGACAAUAGGACCAUGGAUUUUGGCAACGAUGUGGACCUGUCCAAUGAAAACAUCACUCCAUUGUGGAGACGCCGCUCGGACAACUGUAAAACAUCUCAGAGCUUGAGCAAACCCAAACCGCGACCCCUCAGUUAUCACAUAAAUGGGGUGAUGAUGACAGACUUUCCUGCGGAGGACAACAAGCCUUCCUUCACCUUGACUCAACCUGCAGAGAGACUGGUGGUCGCACCUCCCUGCUGGGAUAAGAACACGGUGGUGCUUAAGCAUGUUCUGCACAAACCUUCGAAGAAAACAAGAGUUGUUCGAAGCAUCAGCAUCGGGCAUUUCUCCAAUGGAUUGUUCUCACUGUCCAAAUUUAGGUCUGAGGAUAACAGAUCUGCUUCAUUGGACAAUAGAGUGUGUAAUGGAGGCUGUGACAAAGAGAAACCCAGUAAUGGAGUAGCGGUUUGGCCUGAAAAGCAUCUCCAGGAUGCUCAGAAACGCUCUUCCAGUGCGUUCAGUCUUAAUACUCAGAAAGACCAGAUAUCAUUUGGGACUAAUUCAGAUGUACUCCCUGUUAAUGGCUCCUCUCCUGUGCUUUCUCAGCAUACUCAGAACAACAGCCACCAUGAACUGUCUUCCCUUUCAUCCACUUCAAGCCCCUCUCCCCCAGCUCUGCGUGCCCCCACUCCUUCCCACAGCUCCACUUCCAGCAUCCCGUCCCUCUCAUCUCUUACCUCUUCAGGCCCAUCGACCCCACGCUCCCCUUCACCAGCAGACAGAGGCCAAGCACUCCUUCGACAGUCCUCGUCCACCCCUUCCCCCUCACAGGACACAAAACAUGCUUCAUCCACUUCUUCCCUCUCCUCGUGCUCACCCUCUCCUUCACUUUCCCCCACUGUCUCUCCACCCCCUUCCAUCGUCCUCAGCACCAACAGCCCUGCUGCCCUGAAGAUGGGCACCCAGCAGCUCAUACCCAAGAGUUUGGCAUCUGAUACGCGCCAGAACAAAACACCUACCCCUGGGUCUCAAGGCCAAGGUUUGGCAGGGCUGCUUGGUUUGGAUCAUUCCAAACGAGCAGUUAAAGCCCUCAGCAUGGUAGAAUCAGGGAGCUACUUUUCUACAGGAGGGGGUCAUGCUGAGGGGACAGAAGGGGAAAGUGACAGUCCGGGGACUCUUAGAAGAGGCCUCAGGAGUACGUCCUACAGGAGGGCUGUUGUGAGUGGAGUAGACUUGGAGGUCCCAACGGUAGAUCCAAAGGCUCAUCGGUUGUCCGAGCCUGCUCUCAAAGGGCUGGAUGGGGUUAAACCAGCUUCACCAGUAAGCCAGGCAGGUCCUGGCAGUGCAAGUCCAUCUAGUCCUGGGACAGCUAACCUAUCAAGCCCAGGGACUCCCAAACUGAGCCUCCCUGGGACACCGAAAGUUAGCAGUCCAAGACUUUCAAAGCCCACUAGCCCUGGGACCAAAUUACCUACCAGCACCGGGAAAAACAAGAACCCAGAUAAGAAGAAAGUUUUGACAUCCCAGCGGACAUUUGACAGCGAGGAGGAGGAACUGUACCAGAACUACCAGGAGAAGGCCUUGCACAAUGACUCAGAUGAGGAUGCUGAUUCCAGAGAACCCAAACCUGAUAAUGGCAUCGUGGUGCAGUACAGACCUAUUCGCACCUCCUGGAGCCAACUCAGCGUGGUUAAAAAAAGUGGUCUAUCAGACCGGCUGAGUCAGGAGGAACGAAAAAGACAAGAGGCCAUUUUUGAGGUGAUUUCAUCCGAACACUCCUAUCUGCACAGUCUGGAGAUCCUGAUCCGCAUGUUCAAGAACUCUGCUGAGCUGAGCGAGGCCAUGACCAAGACUGAACACCACCACCUCUUCUCCAACAUCACUGACGUCUGUGAGGCCAGCAAAAAGUUUUUUAAGGAGCUGGAGGAAAAACACCAACAGAACAUUGUAAUCGAUGACAUCAGCGACAUCGUUAGCAGGCAUGCUCAGUCCAACUUCGACCCCUUUGUUACAUACUGCUCCAAUGAGGUCUACCAGCAGAGAACGCUACAGAGGCUGGUGUCCAAGAAUCCCACUUUUAAGGAGGUGCUGACCAGGAUAGAGGGCCACCCAGACUGCAGGAACCUUCCAAUGAUCUCCUUCCUCAUCCUUCCUAUGCAGAGGAUCACCCGCCUGCCCCUGCUCAUGGAUACGAUCUGUCAAAAGACACCUAAAGACUCAGCGCAGUAUGAAGAGUGUAAGAAGGCUUUACAAGCAGUCAGUAAGGUGGUGAGAAAGUGUAAUGAAGGAGCUCGCACCAUGGAGAGAACAGAGAUGAUGUAUACCAUCAAUUCUCAACUGGAGUUCAAGAUCAAGCCUUUCCCGCUGGUCUCGUCCUCCAGGUGGAUGGUAAAGAGAGGAGAGCUGACGGCCUUCGUGGAGGACAACGGCAUCUUCCUCAAGCGCACAUCAAGACAGCAGGUCUAUUUCUUCCUCUUCAACGACGUCCUCAUUGUCACCAGGAAGAAGAGUGAAGAGAGUUACACUGUGAUCGACUACGCCCUGAGGGACCAGAUCUGGGUGGGCUCCUGCCAGCCAGAGGAUCUGAACCUGUCACCAGUCAGAAGCACUGCCGGCAUGCUGAGCUCACGGCAACCUGGCGCCAACCAUCUUUUCCGUCUGUGCUUCCGCAGCAACCACUCGGGUGAAAAGGUGCCCAUGAUCCUGGGAACGGAGUUACUGAAUGAGCGUGCUCGAUGGAUCAGCGCUCUGGGCCAGAAUGUCAACAAGGACAAGAGUCAGGACAGAACCAAUGCCAUGCAGGUGGAAGUGAUCAGAACGUACACUGCCAAGCAGCCAGACGAGUUGUCCCUGCAGGUUGCUGAUGUGGUGCUCGUCUCUCAGACAGUAGAAGACGGUUGGUAUGAAGGUGAGCGACUGCGGGACGGAGAGAGAGGGUGGUUCCUUGCCGAGUGUGCUGAAGCGAUCACUUGCCAGGCCACCAUCGAGCGCAACAUGCAGAGGAUGGACCGCCUGCAGGGGUUGGAGACUAAUGUGUGAGCCGGAUGAGAGAGCAAGAGGGUGCUAAAACCCACAGGGGGCUCUUCUUAUAAUCUUUGACACAUAGUGACCUUUUCAGUGCAGCAAACUCUAACGAAUACUUUCAAGGACAGCAUCAGUGACCCACCGACAGGGACCAAAUGGAGCAGUGUGAGCGCUUUCUGGACUGUAGCUCAGCCACUAAUGUCUGAGUUUCAAAGCAAACACUGUUCAGAGCAAAUAGAGGGAAGAACAGAGACUUCCUUAAUUACUGAUCAGUGCCUGUGUGGGCGGGCUGGCUCGACAGUGGGAUCUGUCACAUUCAUUAAUUCCCCGGUUGGUUAGAAAACUUCACACCCACUGUGUGAGUUGCUGCUUUCAGAUCCCUCCAGUGUGAAUUUUGUAGAUUUUAAUCAUCUUUUCAAGCAUAUUUUUUCUUUUUCAUGAAAGUGAUGUACAGUGGAAAUAGUGUGACCACACCACCACUGUAGGAGGUAAAAGUAGACCAAAUAGAGUGGAAAAGAAAGCAGCCUGAUGCGUACUCUGUUAAUGAGGUGCAGGUCAUGUGAUUGGGAGCUUUGCCAGUAACAAUGAAACUACAAAGAUGUUGAUUAUGAAAGUGAUAAUAAGGCUGGAGCGUGGGUUUGGCAGCUGAUUCUGUACAGUGUGUGGGUUAGUGUAGAAACUUCUAUCAGUGUUUCUGUAACAUCUGUAGCAAAUUAAAGUAUUACAAGAAAAUAUUGGGUUUUUUUAUUAAACGGCAUAGAAGACGCUUGUAGCACUUUGUGUAAAUAGGAAAAUUCAUAAUUAUUUGGAUCAUAGAGAAGCAGCUGAGCAUUAUAGUAUCAUAUGCAGGAGGGCCAAGUAUGUUUUCUUCCAGGCUGUUUGUCACCAGUUAAUGUCAACACCAUGAAUCAAACUCCACAUUUCUCUCCUUCCACUCAAUGCUUUGGACAGGUUGAAAUAUGGCACACACUUGAUGCCAGCCAGGGGUGCAGUUCUAAAUAUCUCCCAUAGGAUUUAUAUCUUUAAAGGUAAAGAGGGAAGCUGAAAUUAAUUUUGGUGAGACUGUAAGAGAUGAGCGGGCCUAGCCCUGCUUUUAACGCGUUAGUCCAGGGUGACUCAUCUUUUCAGCCCAGCCUAAGGAAAUGAAUGGCUCAGUCAGACUGUGACCAUGUAUCAAGCUAACUCUGCUCUGGCACCUGCCCAAGUGUCACAACAACAAAUGUUGCGCUACAUGAAGAGAAGUAUGACAGUGAACAGGCAGAGCAGCCAGCAGGAAGGACACUAGACAAAGUUUGGCAUUUUGCACUCAGGGAAAAUUAGCUUUGAGCAUGAACUGACUUUUAUUUCAAACCAUUUUUGUGCCUUGUAACUAUUGUAAAUCCUCUGUGCACAUGUAAAUAUGUAAAACAGCCUGAACUGUAAAAUGUGUGUUUUCCAAAAUACAGAUUUAUAUUGCUUAGUCAACCUUAUGUAUUUUAAUCUGCCACCAUGAAUAAAAGCUUUAUUGCCUGAA